AUGCUGGCCACCCCACAACCUGCUUUCAGUGUCAACCCCGACGCAUGCGGCGCAGAGCGAUCUCGCAGACUCGCACGUGCAGCCGCCGAUGCAUCAGCUGAGGCUGCUGCAGAGGGUGACCGAAAGGACGCGCACCAGCCAGCCGCGCCGCCGCCGGCCACAACGCCGAAGCGCAGCGACGCCUGGCUACACGAGCGAGUUAAGGCGCUGAUCUCGGGCUCGAACUCCCUUGACACGUACCGCUUCGAGCCCUGCGCAGUCGCAGCACCCGAUGUUGAGGCUUUCGAGGCUCGUGCUGACGAGCUGGCGAAGCGGGCUAGCGCGGCAGGCUCUGGCUGCCGCCGCAUCGUAGCGUUUCAUGGGACGCCGUCGGGAAACGUCCCCGCGAUCUUCGCUCAAGGCUUCAAUGUCAGCAAGCGUACGCGGCAGGCGCACGGCCCGGGCGAGUACUUUGCUGAAUCGCCCAGGCUCGCUGAGCACUACGCCGGCUCUGGGACCAUCGUGGUCGUGCAGCUGCUUCUCUGCCGGCGAGGCCGCGACUACCGGCGCGUCGAGAUUGGGGGCCACAGCGCCAUCGUCGCGAAGGACCCCACGUGUAUCCUUCCUUGCGGCGUGCUUCGCAAACGAGUCUGCGCAGCGGUCACGACGAUCGUGCCGCGCGGCUCGGCUCGGUCGAUCGCUACCUUUGACGGUCGCGUGGCGAGUCUCGAGGAUCUCGCGGCAGCGACCCGGUGGGAGGUGAUGCCAGCCCCGACCCAACCGGCAGCCGUCGACCCCGUCACUCUCGCCCCCCUCGGCGGCAACGGGGAGCGCAUCCUGUCGUUGCGCUGCUGCGCCGUUCCGCCGCAGCGGUGCACCUUCAACGAGUCGACAAUCGUCACAGCGCUGCGCUGCCAACCGCGCUGCCCCGCUUGCGGGCAGCGGUACGAGGGCCUCCGUGGGCCGCAGCCGGCCGGCUCGCUUGCCGUCUCCAAGCUGGACGCCCCCCUAUGCGCGGGGCACGAGGCGGCGGGAGGCACGUUGCUCGUCAUGUGUGAGUUCCCCGAUGGCGUGCAAGGCAGCCACCACCCACGGCCCGGCGUGCGGUACUCAGGAGUGACACGCCGAGGCUUCUACCCGGAUGACGCCGUCGGCCGUCGCUGCGUGCGCUUGUUGUGGGCGGCGUUCUCGCGGGGGCAGCUCUUCCGCAUCGGCGACUGCCCCGCAGUCCUAAAGCCGUAG